AUGGAGCGUCCAACUUUUCAGCCCAGACCGAAUUUCAAUUCACCACUCUCGCUGCGUACAUUGCAGUCGGAGUCAGUCCAACUAGACACUGGUCGACUUCCGCCGGUCAUCCCCUACAGAAGAGCAGAUGGCACGACCCGCCUUACAGAUACUUCGAUACCGCCUUAUUCGCCGAUAAGCGAAAGGUCUGGCUCUUCCUUCUCCCAGGAGUCUACUACUACAGAAUGGUGGGAGAAUGCUUCGUUUAGGUUUUCCCCGCCUCACACACCGAGGGCAAAGCACGAAUUCGACGACAUUCCGCGACUUGACUUAGUAGUAUCCCAUCGUGGGGAGUUCCUCAAGCGUAAAUCUGACGACUUGGAUGAGAGCUUGAAGAAGAUCAAGCUCCAACAAGUCACCCUCCCAAGUGUCUACCACCUCCUACCACCCGAGGAACGUGAGGGCCGUCGGCCCGUUCCUCGCCACAGGCCUCGCAGGAUGCUACAGACGCCUAAUUCCAGCCCGGAGCCCGAGACGAAGUACUCUCUACCUUCGCAGCCAGCGCUCUUAGAAGCGAGAGAUCCCAUAGUCCAGUGGCUCAAUCUCCGGAGGAGGGAAUCCAGCGACAGUCAAGAACCCCUUUCGCAACCCCGAGAUUCAAGGGGAGUCUCACUAAGUAUCUCGUUGAAGUUUUGCCACAGCGCGCAGAACGCGCAGCCAAUAUUCUACCGAGAGAAGCAGCAGUACACUUCGCAAUCAUCGUCCCGCGGCUCAUGUCAGCGGCCCCGAGUUUCAGACCAGCAGCAACAACAACAACAACAACAGCCCCCCGCGGCAUCGGCUGGGGAAGAAUCCAAGGAAGUCGGCGCGAAGAAGGUCCACAACAACACCAAGUACACCACGGAGGAGGCCGACUUCAUCCGCUUCAACAAAUACGAGAGGAAGCUCUCGUGGGAGGAGAACAAGCGCCUCUUCAACGAGAAGUUCCCAAGCCCUCCGGAUAAGGAACGCGAAGUUCAGGGUAUCCAAGGCGUUCACUACAGAGAUAACCAACACGUCCCCUGCCUCACGGAUAGGGGGCGGCGACUUGUUUUCUUGCCCCAGGGGCACGUGAAGGCCGUGGUGGCCCAGGUCCGACAGCAGAAGGAAAACAAGCCGUACUUCAGCCUGACAUACCUGUAUCCGGAGCGAGCUAUGCUCUACGAUUGGGUGCCGUAUAAGAUGCGGUUGAAAGCCGCCGAACUAGCAAACGAGCGUGCCAUACAGAAGGAACAGGAACGGAACAAAGCCAUCAAGGCAGGCAAAUGGAAGGAGAAGCUAGAGAACGGCCAGUGCGCGUGCUGCUACAAACCAGACGGCAAGAAGGAGAUGCAGAGGGGCUCGUCGUCGCGAGAGCACUCGUUUGCCUCCGACGACGACGACGACAGCGACGACGACACCAAGACCAAGACCAACAGCACUCAAGCUCAAGUCGUCGCCAUGCCUCCCGGGAACUCCCACCAGUAUCACCCCCUCCAGAUCCCGCAAAUCAUCAAGACCGAAGACGGCGUCUACGGGAACACUAGCUUCGGGCCCAGUCAACACCACCACCACCACUAUCAUCAACAACAACAACAAUAAUAAUAAUAACUUAAGAAGAAGAGACAAAGAAAAAAACACGGCGCCUCGAAGCGUUGUGCUAAGUGGAUUUCUCUCAUACGGCUUGUUGUCUCGGACAGGACAGGCCUCCACGAAUAUGAAUUACAAAAAGGGGCGCACACCGGCUGGCGGGAACGGGAAGGGGAAGAGAGGGUGGCUGGGGCUGGCUUCUUUCGUUCUAUAUUUUUGUUUUCAACCUUCGUUUGUAUCUAUUUCGUCUUUCUAGAAACACCACACAGGCAAAAUUGCUCGAUGAUACCCGCGUGGUUCUUCUUUUUGUUUUUGCCCGCCCCUCGACUACCUACCUACUCAUACAAUCCAAUCUACGA